AUGGGCGAGACAACUCGAAGCUCGAGACUGAUACCCAACGAGCCUGAUCAAACCCGCGAAAUUGGCCAACAAGAGCAGAAAGAUGACACGUACGUCUCUCAAGGAUUUGUGAUUGGCGCCUUCCUGGUGAUUUUCUUCGCCCAGGUUGGGGUUAAUUUUCUGCAUGCUCUUCGAACCGGAAGACGCAGACGACGGUUUCUGGAAACGCAGUUUCCACAGCCCUUACCCCAGCGGGGUCAGGAGCAAGAUCGUGGCUUGAAUCGAGGGCCUGGUAUCAAUACAAAUGCUACAGAAGACAGUGCACGAGAUGAGACGGAGGGACGCCCCGCUACAGGAAAUGGUGUCGGAUAG